UGUCGCGGGAGGGCCGCAGCUAAAGGGGAGGCGGAAGUGACGGCCGGUUCGCAGCUACCGGCAGCUGCUGUGAGGGUGAAGGCACAGUGGACUGCCUUUCUGGAGCGACUGGUUCCUCACUUCUCAGGUAUCCCCGAGAGCUCAGUGAAACAAUGUAAAUCAGAAGCACCUAAACUUUGCUCACCAAGACUAAACUGUACCAUUUAGAAGAAUGGAAGCUAAUACAUCUGUUGACAUGUUUUCAAAAGUCCUGGAGAAUCAAUUGCUUCAGACUACCAAACUAGUGGAAGAACAUUUGGAUUCUGAAAUUCAGAAACUGGAUCAGAUGGAUGAGGAUGAAUUGGAACGCCUCAAAGAAAAGAGACUUGAGGCACUAAGGAAAGCUCAACAGCAGAAACAAGAAUGGCUUUCAAAAGGACAUGGAGAAUACAGAGAAAUACCUAGUGAGAGAGACUUUUUUCAAGAAGUCAAGGAGAGUAAAAAAGUGGUUUGCCAUUUCUACAGGGACUCCACGUUCAGGUGUAAAAUAUUAGACCGACAUUUGGUAAUAUUAUCCAAGAAACAUCUGGAGACCAAAUUUCUGAAGCUGAAUGUGGAAAAAGCACCUUUCCUUUGUGAGAGACUGCGUAUCAAAGUCAUUCCCACACUAGCACUGGUAAAAGAUGGAAAAACACAAGAUUAUGUUGUUGGAUUUACUGACCUAGGAAAUACAGACGACUUCACCACAGAAACUUUAGAAUGGAGGCUGGGUUGUUCUGAUAUUCUCAAUUACAGUGGAAAUUUAAUGGAGCCACCAUUUCAGAGCCAAAAGAAAUUUGGAACAAACUUCACAAAGCUGGAAAAGAAAACUAUCCGAGGGAAGAAAUAUGAUUCAGACUCUGAUGAUGAUUAGAAAUUAAUUAUAAUUCUUUGUAAAUUGUCUUUUUAUUUCUGCUUCAAAAUUAGAUGUGUUUUCUAAAUUCAGUUGGUUUUGAUACAUUGGUCAUCUAUUGGUCAUAUUCUAGAGUUUUGUACAGUUUCAUCACAUUGAAAGACAUCUUUAAUAUUUUCUGUGUGGCACUUGUGUUGAAGAAAACUGAGUUCUUAAAUUAUCCAGCAAGGGUCUGGAUUCUCUAUUUUUGAGAUUGAUUUUAUCACAAUAUGAUUCUUAGGUCUUUAUACCAUUCACAAUUGUGUUUUUAAUCUACUGGAUUGGAAAUAGGAAUUCAAAUUAUUCCAGGACUAAUUCUUACACAGCAUCAUUUCCUUUAUACAACAGGUCAAAUUACAUUUACUGGUGUAACAGACUCACUUGUAAAUGAAUUAUAAACACUCUUUACUUCUGGAAUAUAUUUAACUAUUAAAAAACUGCUUAUUUAUUCUGUA